GCAGGGCGGACUGAGCAGCAGAGUCGGAGAAAGAGUGCUGUCAGUCUCUCGCGCACCAACUCAUUCACAAGCAUUUCGCUGGAUGAGUAAAGGCUACCGCUGCUGGUGCGCGUAAUUUCUAAAAGAGAAAAAAACAUCUCUCGCAAUUCUGGGUCUCUCUCCUCACUCAAUGGGACAUUGUUAGGAACACGAGGAUCGCCUUUCCUCUGACUGAUGGUAAUCGGUGGUCCUGUCCGCACACCCAGCAGACACCUACGGACGGUCGCGGGCUACCGACCGGGGGAUGGCGAGUCAGGGUAGCCGCUGCAAGAUCGUGGUAGUCGGGGACACACAAUGUGGAAAGACUGCUUUGUUACACGUGUUUGCAAAGGACUGCUAUCCAGAGAAUUAUGUCCCAACUGUCUUUGAAAACUACACUGCGAGUUUUGAGAUUGACAAGCAGAGAAUUGAGCUGAACAUGUGGGACACAUCAGGCUCGUCGUACUAUGAUAAUGUGCGGCCGCUGGCGUACCCGGACUCUGAUGCGGUCCUCAUCUGCUUCGACAUCAGCCGGCCAGAGACCCUGGACAGCGUGCUCAAGAAGUGGCAGGCGGAGACGCAGGAGUUCUGUCCGAGUGCGAAGCUGGUGCUGGUGGGCUGCAAGCUGGACAUGAGGACGGAUGUCAGCACGCUGAGGGAGCUCUCCAAGCAGCGCCUCAUCCCCGUCACUCACGAACAAGGCAGCAUGUUGGCGCGUCAGCUGGGAGCGGUGGCGUACGUGGAGUGCUCGUCGCGCGUAUGUGAGAACAGCGUCAGGGACGUGUUCCACAUCACCACCCUGGCGACGACGCGGAGAGGGCACCUGCUCGGGUCCUCCUCUUCCUCCUCCUCCACCUCCUCCUCCUCGGCCGCCCUGAAGCGCAGCACGUCUCGCCGCGCCCUCAAGCGCAUCUCCCAGCUGCCCCUGCCCCUGCCCUUAGCCAGCUCCGCCAACGGCGCCACGCCACACGAACCCGCGCCCACGCUACGCAAGGACCGCGCCAAGAGCUGUGUUAUCAUGUAGUGCACAUGCACAUACCGAUAUAUGACAUACUACAUACACAUAUGCACAGUCACAUACAGUCCAUUACAUACAGUACAUGAAAAUGGAUACAGUUCCUCUGUUGUCCAGAUCAGGCAGAGAAAUACAUGUGGAUUGGUACACACACACACACACACACACACACACACACACACACACACACACACACACACACACACACACACACACACACAUACACGCGCGCACGCAAGUCUCAACAGGUGUUCACACUGAGGUGCUUUUUGACUCGAGGGGGUCUCACUUUCCCAUAUAGAUUCUGCAUUGCAAGAAUAUGACAAGUGAGAAGCUAGAUCAUGGAUGGCAAUGUGAGGGAGAAUUCGAAAUACGCUAUGUGCACAAAGUUAAAAAAAAAGGUGAACAUGAGAUGAGAUAUGGCUGUGGGUUGUUGCUUAGCUACCUGUCUAUGCUACGGUAUGACUCGCCCUCUAGCUAAGUAUAACCUUUUUUAAAUAACAAUAAAACAAAACAACCAAUUUCAAUAUAAUUUCUGUUUAAACAGUGAUAUUCCACUCAAAACCAAUGUCUACUUAAUAUUUUUUUUUUUACAUUAAACACUCAGAUUUCAGAGUGUGAGUGAUGUGCCCUGUGUAUCAAAGAGAAAAGCAUCUCGCUGUGAACACCGCCCAACAGAUGGGCAGUCGGCACAAGUAUUAUGUGACAUCCCACUGAGCUUUAUUUAUUGCCUUUGAUUUCUUUUUGUCGUUGUGUUAUUCCACACGCUGACGGCUUGUGUGAAUGGCUCAUUGGACUUCCUCUUGGCUCAUUUCCUUUCAAACUCUGGGUUUACAUUUUUUCCCCUCUCUUGGCAUAUCUGUUUACUAUUUUUGUCUCUGGUUUUUCCGCUUUGUUUUGCAGUUGGCAGAGUAUCUCUUAUCUUUCAGUUGAAACCUCAGGGCUGGACAGACAUCAGUGGCCACAGGCAGGAAGUCAACCCAUGUCCCCCAGGGCUUUUCCACUGCAGGAAGCAUAGGGGGACGCUAUAGUGGGACGGACACCAAGUUAGUAGAGCGAUAACCAUUGUAGUGGAGCGGCAGUAGGACCCCUAGGUGCAUUCUCAUGACAGGAAUGGCCAUUGUAGGGAUUUUUUCAGGGACUUAUUUGAAAAGAGCAAAAAACAAGAACCUAAUUUUUGGCUUUUCUUACUUUCUUUUUAUUCCUUUCAAAAAUGUUUUACACAGAUGUGUGGAUCAUGUGCCUCUAUGCUGAAGUACUGGGCACGAGAUGUGUACAUGUGAACAAGUGUGGCACAGAAAAAAAAAAAGUAAAGCUGCCAUCUGCAAGUUUUCUUGUUUACAUACGUACAGCCUCGAUUCUGGACAUCAGAAGUUGAAAACCGAUAAAUCUGCCGUCGCUAAAAGCACGUGAAUCCUGACUUUAUCCGAAAACCAAACAAAUAUUCAAAUUCCUGUCCCAUCUUACAAAAUGCCAGCGAAGUUGUCUGAUUGGGUAGGUACCCACACCCGCAAAUCUGUUUGGUUAUGGUAACCAAGGGAGCGCUAACAUUUUGUAAACAAGACUACAGGCUUCGGCGGGAGCUAUAGAACUCAAUUUUUUUCCUUAAUUGGCUGUUUCAUGUACUGCUUUCAGAACCCAAUUUCAGUUCAAGGUAGUAUGACUAAAAUCAAGUUGCAGACUUCCACUUGAACCAACUUGAAAGACUCAUAACAUGCAAUGUUGGCUUAUUGUUUUGAGGAUGGAUCUUAGCAGGACUUUUUUUAUAGUGUAAUUUCAGCUUUCAUUGAGCCAUUCGAUGCACUGCUUGCAGCAGAAUCCAGCAAUUUACUCAUUUGAACCACGGGUGCCAUUACAUGAAUUGUUCUCAGCGUGUGUUCCAUCAAACCCUAUUUAUCACUGCUAUUAAACCUGCGUGUUGUUGGGCAUCCCAGCACAACUGCUCAUAAAUGUGAGGACAAUAUUUAGUCAACAAGCAGGCACUUUUCAAACCCAUGCACGCACUCGCUUGCUUUCUCACUCAUUAUUUAGACUACUCUUCUACGGUUAGCAUGAUGGUGGUCUAUGCUUUUGUUGAAAAUAUAAUGCAUUCCUCCCUCACACAUACACAUACACAUACACAUACACAUACACAUACACAUACACAUACACAUACACAUACACAUACACAUACACAUAGUACACAGUACAAAGUACACAUACACAUACACAUACACAUACACAUACACAUACACAUACACAUACACAUACACAUAGUACACAUACACAUACACAUACACAUACCGGUACACACUCUCUCUACGCAGUGUGCAUGUGUGAGUGCUAGCCAGGCUGUUAGCUUGGCAUCAGUGUUCAUGUCAUGCCUGUGCCCGUGCUGGCCUGCUUCCGAUUUGCAAAAUGUAAAACCGUUCUGCUUGACAUUGAGGUAAUCCCGAUGUUAUCUGGGAAAAUCUGAAAGUCUAAUGUCGGUGCUGCUACUGCUACUGCUGGAAAUUGUUCCAGCAAAUAUAAUGUUUGGAAUUGCCCACAUCAUCAUCAUCAUCAUUGUCGUUGUCAUCAUCAUUGCACUCGCUAAAUUAUGGGAUGUGAUGAGCAGAGGUGAUCCAUUGCCGUGGAAACUAUCAUGAAGGUUCAUGUCCCACUAGAAGGUCAUUCCGCUGGGAACCCCUAUCUCCAGUCUGCAGAAAGUGAGCCAGAAUCCUGCAGUGGAAAAGCAGCUUUUGAUUGGUUCUCCCCAUAACUCCACUUCCUUGGUUAUGAUAAUCCUCCUUCCUUUGUUACCGGCCACUUGCAAAAAAAAAAAAAAAGAUUUCAGGUGCUCAAAGGAGAGAGAACAUCUAGUGAAAUGACUCCCUGAGGUUUUUUUUUUUUUUACCUGUGAUAUAUUUUCUUCCUUUAUUGCCAAAAUGUUUUGUUGCUGCCUACAACAUUUAAUUCAUAUACUAGAAGGGAUUUUGAAUAAUAAAAAAAGAUAUGCUAUCAAAAAUGUGACAAGGAGAAACAGGAAAUGCAACGUUGUGAAGGAUUUAUGGUGUUUCUUUCGUGCAGGUCCUAGAAACCACAAGUGCUUUCCAGAUGAGAUCACUGUACAUAUCGAUUUAACUACUAUGAAUGCCAUUUAUUGAAUUGUGUUUGACCUUCGUUCCGUCAAGCUCUGUAUAGAUGGCUGGAGAGGAACCAGGGUCGUGUGUGUGUGUGUGUGUGUGUGUGUGUGUGUGUGUGUGUGUGUGUGUGUGUGUGUGUGUGUGUGUGUGUGUGUGUGUGUGUGUGUGUGUGUGUGUGUGUGUGUGUGUGUGUGUGUGUGUCUGUCACAGAGCCUCUCGUAAGUGCGCACAGCUGUGCCACUGAUCUCUGGUCCCCCUCUCCGCUCGAAGGAACUAUAUUUUAUUUGUUGUGUACAGAGAUGGUUGAUGAAAUAAUUAUGUAAAAUAUGAUGAUGUUUUAAAAAUGUAUGUUUUAUUGUGUUGGAAACAGAAGCACAGUAAAAAAAGUU